CUGGUGAAAACUGCUACAUUGUGGACCACGAUCUGAUCAGACAGCGAGCCGCACUGCUGCAGAAAUACCUGCAGGAUGAGAAGAAGCAGCUGCAGGCUCUCUCUGCCCUGCAGGUCCUGAUGGUGCAGAUGGAUCACCCUAGCCAGCUGCUGCGGAUGUUCUUUGACUGUCUUUAUGACUUCGACGUGAUCACGAUCAGGACGUACUACAAGUGGGAGUUAAACAAGGACCCCACCAAGCCGCAGGGCAAAGACGUGGCCCUCCAGUCUGUUACUGGCUUCUUCGCAUGGCUCCAUGAGGUGAACUAA